AUGUCUGCCGGCCGGAGGUUCGCCUUUGCAAUAUGCCUUCUAGAAGUGAGUGUCCUGACAGCCGGGCUCACUCCCAGUUCUGACCCAGAGCCAGCACAACAGAGUGACACUCCACUGCCCAUAGACUGCAGAAUGAGCUCCUGGAGCAGAUGGUCGGAAUGUGACCCUUGCCUCAAACAAAUGUUUCGCUCACGGAGCAUUGAAGUCUUCGGACAAUUUAAUGGGCGAAGGUGCAUGGAUGCUGUGGGAGACAGACGAGAGUGUGUGCCCACUGAGACCUGCAAAGAGGUUGAGGACGACUGUGGAAAUGAUUUUAAGUGCGGUACAGGCAGAUGCAUAAAGAGGCGACUUCUGUGUAACGAUGACAAUGACUGCGGUGACUUUUCAGAUGAGGAUGAUUGUGAAAAUGAUCCCCGGCCCCCGUGCCGUGAGAAAGCAGUAGAAGAAUCCGAGCUGGCACGGACAGCAGGCUACGGGAUCAACAUCUUAGGGAUGGAUCCCCUAAGCUCACCUUUUGACAACGAGUACUACAAUGGACUCUGUGACCGAGUUCGGGAUGGAAACACCUUGACGUACUACCGCAAACCCUGGAACGUGGCUACUCUGACCUAUGAAACCAAAGCAGAUAAAAAUUUUAGAACCGAACAUUAUGAAGAACAGAUUCAAGCAUUCAGAAGUAUCAUUGAAGAGAGGAAAUCACAUUUUAAAGCAGAUUUAACACUAAAAUUUACACCUACUGAAGCAAAACAGUCUAAAAGUAAACCUAAAGAAUCUUCUAAUGGAGGAGACUCCAAAAAUUAUACAAUCUUUCAAUUUGCAUACUCCAAAAAUGAAAUUUACCAACUAUUCUCAUCAUAUUCUUCUCAGAAGGAAAAAAUGUUUCUGCAUGUGAAAGGAGUCAUUCAGCUGGGAAAAUUUUCCAUGAGAAGUCGGGAUGUCGUUCUGACAACAACUUUCCUGGAUGAUAUAAAAGCUCUGCCAAGCGCCUAUGAAAAGGGAGAAUAUUUUGCAUUUUUGGAAACCUAUGGAACCCACUACAGUAUCUCUGGGUCUCUAGGAGGUCUCUAUGAACUAAUAUAUGUUUUGGAUAAAGCGUCCAUGGACAGGAAAGGCAUUGAACUAAGGGAUGUACAGAGAUGCCUCGGGUUUAAUCUGGACUUAUCUCUGAAAGCUGGAAUUGAAAUCAAGGGAAAGAUUGAUAAAAGUGAUUGCUUAAAGAGGCAUAAGGAGGAAAUUGUAAACAUCACCCGUGAUAGCCUCAUAGAUGAUGUUAUUUCACUCAUAAGAGGAGGAACCAGAAAAUAUGCAUUUGAACUGAAAGAGAAGCUUCUCAAAGGAGCCAAGACAAUUGAUGUGACUGAUUUUGUAAAUUGGGCCUCUUCCUUGAACGAUGCCCCAGUGCUUAUAAGUCAAAGACUGUCUCCUAUAUAUAAUCUGGUUCCAGUGAAAAUAAGAGAUGCACACCAAAAGAAACAAAAUUUGGAAAGGGCCAUUGAAGAUUAUAUCAAUGAAUUCAGUGUAAGAAAAUGCCACCCUUGCCAAAAUGGAGGUACAGUGAUUCAGAUCGACGGACAAUGUUUGUGCUCCUGCCCACUCACAUUUGAGGGAAUUGCCUGUGAAACGGGAAAAAAAGUAAUCUCUUAA